GCGCUCUCCCCUGCUCCUCCGUGAUGCUCCACCACUGCCAUUUUCCUUUCAGGCUCUGAGCCGCCGCACCGCCACAGAGAAAUACCUCUCCCUCUCUCUCCAUUUUCACACUCCACCCACUUUUUGCUUUCUUUCUCCAUCUCUGCCACCGUCUCUUUCUGGACUUGGCUUUAUUUGGCACUCCCGGAAGCUGCCGGGCAUUUCUCUCCCUGCCUGCCCGGGCAGCUGAUGUGACUGACUGACACCGGCUCCCGCUGAGGAGGAGGAGGAGAAGAAAGAGGAGGAGGGAGAACAGCACCGAGGCGAGGGAGGGGGGAGCGAGUGACCGGCCACGGAUUUUCAUUGCAGAGAGGAGGGGAAAAAAAAGGCUACGGGGGUCAUCAAAACAGAAUGGCAGAGAGUCAUGGUUUGAUGGAGAGACUGGAGAAGGCAGUGACCCGGCUUGAAUCAUUGUUUUCAGAUUCCCACAGAGCUGGUGGAAUGGAGUAUGAUGCUAUCAACGGAGUCAAUGGGAGCAUAGCACCAUAUGUUGAAGCCUUUGAUAGGCUGCUGAAUGGAAGUGUUGCUGAGUUUCUCAGAUACAGCAAAAUUCUUGAAGGUGAUGUGAAGAUACAUGCAGAGAUGGUACGUGCUGCUUUCCAAGCGCAAAGAUCCUUCCUGGUGUUAGCAUCCCAAUGUCAAGAGCCUCAAGAGAAUGAAGUGGCAAUGCUUCUCAAGCCAAUAUCAGAGAAGAUUCAGGAAAUCCAGAACUUCAGAGAGAGGAACAGAGGAAGCGAAAUGUUCAACCACCUCUCAGCUGUCAGUGAAAGCAUACCUGCCCUUGGGUGGAUAGCAGUGUCUCCUAAACCAGGCCCUUAUGUCAAGGAGAUGAAUGAUGCUGCUACCUUUUAUACUAACAGGGUAUUAAAGGACUACAAGAACAGUGACACGCGACAUGUUGAUUGGGUGAAGUCAUAUCUGAACAUCUGGUCUGAACUUCAAGCUUAUAUCAAAGAGCACCAUACCACAGGUCUCACCUGGAGUAAAACUGGUCCUGUUGCUUCGCCCAUGUCUAUGCGAUCUGUUCUAACAAGUGGGUCAUGCCUGUCUCCACCGCCACCGCCGCCACCACCUGGACCUCCCCCCAUCUUUGAUACAGAAACCGUAAAGGAUGAAGGAACUGCAUCUCGCUCAGCCCUGUUUGCACAGCUUAAUCAGGGAGAGGCAAUUACCAAAGGGCUUCGACAUGUCUCCGAUGACCAGAAGACUCACAAGAAUCCCAGCCUACGUGCCCAAGGUCCAGCUGUUCGUUCUCCCACAAAAAGCCAAACUCCGAGUCCCACCUCUCCUAAGAAUUCCCCACAGCAGAGCCAUGCCCCUGUCUUGGAGCUAGAGGGAAAGAAGUGGAGAGUGGAAUAUCAAGAGGAUAAGAAUGACCUGGUCAUUAACAACACUGAACUCAAGCAAGUGGCCUACAUUUUUAAGUGUAACAAAUCUACACUUCAGAUAAAAGGAAAAAUCAAUUCCAUUACUAUUGACAACUGUAAAAAGUUUGGCCUUGUGUUUGACAACGUCGUGGGAAUUGUGGAAGUGAUCAAUUCCAGGGAUAUUCAGAUUCAGGUGAUGGGGAAAGUGCCAACCAUUUCUAUUAACAAAACAGAAGGCUGCCACAUCUACCUCAGUGAGGAAUCACUAGAUUGUGAGAUUGUGAGUGCCAAGUCAUCCGAGAUGAACAUCCUCAUCCCCCAAGACGGCGAUUAUAAAGAAUUUCCGGUUCCUGAACAGUUCAAGACAGCGUGGGAUGGAUCUAAGUUGGUCACUGAACCUGCAGAGAUUGUGGGUUAACUUCCUAAUGCCAUACAGCACUUGCUGACCAUGACCAGACCGCAGCCAGCGCAAACAAGGCAGUAAAGAACUAGAAGUAGCCUUCAAAGCAUUAGCUCUGCAUGCUCAAAACAGUAACACAUCUGGCACCCUUCUGUUAGGCAUCCCAGUACUUUUCACCUUUCCACAGAGUUUGCCUUCACAUACAAUUUUAAUUCUAAAUGAUUUCAUGUGAAUGUAAUAGAUUAAAAGCCCUCACCCUUCAGUCACCUCAUUGCUUCGACAUACUUCUGUAUACAUACUGCAUGGCACACUUUGUCACCAUCUCGCUUCAGUGCAUUCUGGUUUACGUUUAUGCUAAUCAAAAACAGCACUAAGACUUUAAGAUGUUUAUUUUUAUCUGUUAAGCAAUUCCUGUAUGAUGCAGUUAAGAAUGUACCCCUAAAGCACACAGAGUUCCUGGUAGUUCUGUGGAAGCCUCAAUGGGGUUUGGUUUAAACGAGCAAAAAAGGACAACUUUCAGCAAUACAUUUUGGUAAGGGAAGAUGAAAAAUAUCUAAUAUUUUAAUAAAACACUUUUCUAAUAUGUAUAUUUAGAAAAUCCCUGUGUUUUCCAUGAGGUAAGAUUUUUAUCAUGGUUCAUAACCUUGCUGCUGCCCUCUCCUUUCUUGAAAAUUACUAAUCCUUUCUAAGCUAAAGCCUCAUCUAAGCUAAAACCUUGCAGCAAAGCUCUUGGGUUUUCUGUUCCUUGGAUUUCUCUCUUUUUUUUCUUUUUUUUGUGAGACAAUCUCUCAUUCUUCACAAUUUCACAUUGUACUUUGCAUCCUGUUCAGAAAACUGAGGGAGGCAUAUGGCAGACUCCAGCCAGUUUCUGUACUAAUAACAACCCUUGAAAAUAAUUCUAUUGUAGCUCAUAGCCAUUACAAAUAACUUCCCCUUUCUUCCCCAUAUUUGUAGGACUUACUCAGUUUCAAGUAUGUCCACAAAGCAAAGCCAUAAAUUUGUCAUACUCAUCCUGAGCCCAAAUAAAGGGGUAAUUUCCUGUCUAGCCCUUUGACUCUAAUUUAUAGUCCCUACUGUAGAUGCUUUUUUAACACAGGUGGAGUGUUGUAUAGAUUUGUACUAUUUCAGCACAUAGUACAAAUAAAGUUUUAAAGAUUUAAGAAAUCAGCUUCUGGUUUUGAUCACAUGUCAUACUUUGUAACAGUGAAAUCACAGUGAGAUGCUUGCAGAGCUAGUUACAAGCUACAUUUUGUGCCUAAUUUACCUUGGAAGUACAUUAAUUCUUGAGGGUUUUUAAGUAUAUCUUUGCUUGUAAACCCUAUACAAUGCAAUGAGUAGUGCUCAUUCCGUAAGGUUUUGCUACUGAUGGUUAUUCUAUGUGUAUAAUGUGUUUGCUUUAAUACAUACCAUUUUUAUCAACAAUAAACUUCUUAAGAAAUAAAAGGGAAAUGUACUUGUUUAAAUACAAACGUGUUCAGAGCUUGCUCUGUUACAGUGUUUGCUCUACAUGCUUU